UCGAGACCGGCGGGAUAGUGCAAAACUCUAUUCGGGCACAGUUCACAUGCAUGAUUCCUUGCUUGACAUUAGUGAAUCGAACGUGAUAUAAAUAAGAACGUAGAUACAUAGAUACAGUGUUUACAUAUCAUAAUGAUGUGCUGUUCGACAGGUAAUUAACUAAAAAGCAAGUGCGCCGCGAACUUUGGUUUGCCUAGUGUUCACCAUUUCAAUCAGUGUUCGAAGCCAUGAACAAACUGUUAACGAGGAUUUAAGAGACUGUCGAUUUUGAGGUGGGUUGAUCAAACCUCUUUCGGUCACACCACGAUUACUGAUCAGCACCACAAUUCUGUAGUACCAGCCUGGAACAAUCGGGUCGGACAACCAUUGUGGCCCUUUAAAAUGCCCAUGUUGCUCCAACACCCCAGCAAUCAUGUCCGUCUUUCCGCUCCUGAAACCGAUCAACCCCUCGACUUUACCAUGUCCAAUUUCAAAACGAAAAAAAUGGAAGGAUUAGACGCUUCUCGAUGGGAGAUAUUGCAAAACGGUCUUCCCCUCUAUUACAACCGCAGCAACAACAACCAGAGCUUUACCCGAGGAAAUUCACCUGAUUCCUGCAGUUCGGAUGAGGUGGGUGUUGGGCCACCCAUCGAAUCACCAUCAAUUAGUCCAGAAAGCUCAGAAGUGCACCCGUCAAAGGACAAAGAUGCGGCUGUUACUUCUACACCUAUCACGCCGAAUGAGGUGCGGAGUCCGAGCUCAAGCCCACACUGGCCAUCGUUUGCAAAAUUUUCACGCCACCGUUUGCAAACCCUGCCAAAACUUCUCAGCUACGAGCCAUUGGGUCACCUAGCAAUUGAACACACGGCUGCGACGAAGCCGGAAAAUCCCCCAACGCCAUUGUCGCAUCAUGAAGAUGGCAACAACAAUGACGAAUGCAGUGUCGAUGAGCGGAGUGAAAUUAGUGAAAACCAUUCGGACAACCUUGAUGAUAAUUCCGUAGAUUCCGAUCGAGAUGGGGCUCUUAACUUGGUCACCGCUCAGGCAGAUCAACCCCGUUUAUCCGCCCCUAAUUCCUCGAACAACACCCCCAAUGCGGACGCAACCAGUUCCAACUUGACGGCCGCCUUGGGCAACCUUUCUGGAAUGUUUGGCCACAAUUUUCCAGACGUCCAGAACAUGUUGAGCAGUCUGCAGGCUUUUCACAACCCGCAAGCCAUUCAACAGUUGCAUCAGUUCGCGAUGAUGCAAGCCGCUGGACCGUCCUUAAAUCAUGCACAGUUGAUAUUUCAUAAUCAGGUCCAGCAGCUAGCACAGGCUGCUCAACAGCUUCAGCACAUACAGAAGGCACAGGAACAGACGUCGCAUCAACAGCAGCAAACGCAUCAUCAUCAACUGAAUCAAGCAAUGCCUUCGAGCAGCCAAAUCGCACAUGUGGCCCAAAAUCCAACUUCGCCGCCCAUUAAUCACAAUAUUCCUGCUAACAUACGCUCACCAAAUGCACCCGGUUCAGGAAUGCGCACCCCUCAACAAAUGAAUACUCAAGCGAGGUUGCUGGAGGCCAUUUCUGAUGAAACGCAGCCAAAAUUGGAAGAGUUGGAGCAAUUCGCGAAAACAUUCAAACAACGACGAAUAAAACUGGGUUUUACCCAAGGAGAUGUGGGCCUGGCCAUGGGCAAACUCUACGGCAACGAUUUUUCGCAAACAACCAUAUCCAGAUUUGAGGCGCUGAAUCUGAGCUUUAAAAAUAUGUGCAAGCUGAAACCACUGUUGCAUAAGUGGCUUGAAGAUGCCGACAGUUCGAUGGCGAAUCCAGGUGCUUUGAGUAAUCCGAUGGCUACACCCGAAACAAUCGGCCGACGAAGAAAGAAAAGAACCUCUAUCGAGACCACUGUUCGUCUAGCGUUAGAGAAAGCCUUCAUGAGGAAUCCGAAGCCGACUUCGGAAGAAAUUUCCAUGUUGGCCGACAGUCUCGGAAUGGAGAAGGAAGUAGUGCGGGUUUGGUUCUGCAAUCGCAGGCAAAAAGAGAAACGGAUCAAUCCACCCCCGGCUGCAAUGGGCUCGCCUCCAAAUGGAUCGGGAAUGUAUUCUCCAUUAGCGCUGGUCACAUCGAACCACCAGAACUACAACCCGAACCUGAUGAUCAAGCAGGAAUGACCCCACGUCAACUUCUUUGCCGACCAUUUUAUGGACUAAUGCUGGUGAAGUUAACCUUGGUGAAGUGUUUAGUGCAAUAGUACAAUCCUUUGGGUUGAUUUCGCAUGAACGUUUAUAAUUUUUUAUAAAAAGUCUGAGGAUGAAGCGAAAACGAAACGCGAUAAGUCAGGAAGUUGACACGAAAGUCGUUGGUUCAAGGUAAGUCAACCGCUCGAAGUGCUUUUGCCUGGUUGAACCCCAAACUGAUAGAAACAUUACAUUAUACUUUCGAAUACCAAAAAACAUUGCUGAAGAAACACUGGCACUGUUGGCACGCCUGCACGGUUUUUCAAGGACUUUAUAUUCAGCAGGCUUCCGCAACGAAUGAAGAAGUAAGGAAGAGAAAAAUGUUAAUCCAACUUGAACAUUUUGAUGAAAAUCUCAAUGAAUUUGACUUUCCGCUUUCUGAGGAAUUGCCAACGUUUUUGCCUCGGUUUAAUUCAAUGUUGAGUGCACACACUUGUGCACUAACUAUCUAGUAGCAGAUUUUUCUAAUUUUUCUUAAAGAAACUGUUCGUAUAUAUUGUUUAGCUGUUAAUAUGUCUAAUUAUUACUAUUAUAUACUUUUUUGUUGCAUUCAGUCAUUUCUGUGUUACUUAGAACAUUAGUCUUAGAACAGUAUUUUUUAAGCUCCACUCCACACAGACGGAACACUAUGUAUUAAUGAACAUUGACAAAUGGCAUCUAUCUGUCUACAGGGUCUCAGAUUAUUAAGUUCGAAGUUUUUGCCCUUUGUCGAUCGUGUAAGCAAAGAAUAUAAAGAGUUCGCACCACGCGAAAAACGUUUCUUGUACAGGUCAACAUCAGACAAAAAAUUGCAGCAAAGUGUGAGACUGAUUUUAUCAAAUUAAGCGUCUUAUGUUCAUUGGACUGUAGAUUUUUCUGCGCAAGUUUUAUUCUUUAGAAAGACAAAAAUGCAUCACUGGGGAAUUGUUGUCUAGUAUAUUCUGAAUGUUUUUAUAUUUGAAAUAAAAAAUAUACAAAAUAUCUAAUAUAUUUACUUUUAUUUGCUUUUAUUUAUAAACUAAAAACAAAAAUUAUUAAAAUAAAAUAAAUAAAAUACUAUUUUGCAAGUACCACUUUGCAAAGUGGUAAUGCAGUAUUUUCCUUUGAAAAAGGCAGAAUUUGCACAUUUUUCACAAUUAAGAAGGAAUUCUUUAUCUAGGUCACACUCGGGAUCCAGUUGCAAGAGAAAAAAUCCAAUUAGCCAAGAAAUUAAUUUAGAAAAAAUACCUUGACGUUUAAGAAGUAGACCAAAGAAACAGACACCUACAUUAAAUUUCACCAAAAUUCUUAAUUACUUUUAUUUCCGUUUUUGUUAAACAAUCAGAUUUAAGUCCAGGCCAAAAAACGUAGUCGAAGAAAUUUUCUAUGUAGCUUUUGAGAACGAUCGCAGACUUGCUAUCGAAACUUACUAACUGGAACAUUUAUACCUCCUCAUUUAAACGUGUUGACUUGGUCGGAUUAAUUUUGUAAUUUGAAUUAAUUUUCGCUUCUCUUUGAUGGAAAGCAUUUGUGUAUUAUAAAUGAUUUAACUGAAAAAUCGUAUUUAGAUGUCAAAAUCAAAUCGACUGGUAACGUUUCCCGGCGGCCGAUUGGCCUGUUAAGUCCGCUAUUUCUUCAAUUUUAGAAGCUGGUGAGUUUUUGCCUUUUUUUUUGUUGUUGGGCAUUAGAAUUUCUUUCUGAUGAUUCGCAAGCACGACUGUCUAGAAGAACUUAUUUUCCACUUUUUUGAGUUUAAAACUCGCGAAACUCUGAAUUUGUUCGUCCUGUCUAAGUGCAAACUCUUGUUAGUCUUUGCAGUUUGUAUAAUUGUAAAUCUGUCGAUGUAGAAAUGUAUUUACGUAAUUUAGCCGUUUGCAUUAUCUGGCGAGUUUUCAAGUUUCCAUUUGAAUAUGGUGGAAAGUUGAUAACUGCAAAUAUACAAAUGUUACUGUACAUAUAUUUCUCGGGUCUUUUAGUCAGAGAGGACCAAUUUAGAAUCGUUGUAAAAGUUCCUAUUGAUAAUUAUUAACGUUGGUAUUAAACGAUAUCAUUCGACAAGUCUAAUCAUAGAUUUUAGUAAUUUAUGAGUUGUACAUAAAAGUUCAUUUCAGAGACUGACGUUAUUACAGUUAUUCAAAUCUCGAACACGCCCGCAAUUCGAAUAGAGUAAACUUUUUAUUUGCUUAAACUUUAAACUAUUUUUUUUUAUUUAUCGUUUACAAAAGGUAACAGUUAAAGAAAUCAGGCCCUCGUGUUCGAAGUUGAAAAUCUGGUCACCUUGUAGAUGAUUCUUUUACUAACAACAUUUCCAAGCGGUGUUUUAAGCAAAAAUGAGUGGAAGAAAAGUUGUUAAUAAAAAUAUUAUAUAUUAGCUGAAGAUUGGAAACGAAUCAAAGCCCCUUGUAAUAAAGUGUACAAACCUACAAAUUGUUUUGUAAAAAGUCCUACAUAUCCAGAUAAGUAUAAGGAAAUGAUAGUCUGUGGAUAUACUUAUAAAAUCAUAUCAGCGUAACUUUAGCGUAAUGUUUUUUGAACGUCCCAAUAUUUAUUUUUGUUUCUAUUGUAUGACCCACUGUUUGUCGCAUUUUGCCGAAAAAGUUCGACUUGGACUGGAAAAUGCCACAAUGCAGUUACGUUGUGUAGUAAUUAUGUACGUAGGUAUAUGUGUGUAGCAGUUACACCAUAUUUGGCAUCCAAGACAAGAUGAGCCAAAAACACUUUCAAACAGUAUACAGUUUUUCUUAUGUCCAAGUACUAAGUGUAUCAGAAAAAAGACCCUAUUCAGACUUGUACCAUAAGUAUAGGCAGUGGUCUAGGCAAUAACAUCCAUUUUAUUUUCAUUAAAGAAAUGAAUUUA